AAUGUGUCACGUGACCGGCGGGGAGGCGGUGCUGCCGGGGCGGCCGCCGCCGCGGAGAUCGUUAGCCGAGGGGCGGGGGAGGCGGUCGUCCUCCUCGCGGGGCCCGCCGGCAGCAUGCAGAACGUCAUCAACACGGUGAAGGGGAAGGCCCUGGAGGUGGCCGAGUACCUCACACCCGUGCUCAAGGAGUCCAAGUUUAAAGAAACAGGAGUAAUUACACCUGAAGAAUUUGUCGCAGCUGGAGAUCACUUAGUUCACCACUGUCCUACUUGGCAAUGGGCUUCAGGAGAAGAACUAAAAGUCAAGGCUUAUCUGCCAACAGACAAACAGUUUUUGGUAACUAAAAAUGUGCCAUGCUACAAAAGGUGUAAGCAGAUGGAGUACUCGGAUGAGCAGGAAGCGAUUAUAGAAGAAGAUGAUGGUGAUGGGGGAUGGGUAGACACUUUUCACAAUGCAGGUAUAGUGGGUGCAACAGAAGCAGUUAAGGAGAUCACACUAGACAGUAAGGAUAAUAUAAAAAUACCAGAAUGUUCAGCGUCUUGUGAGGAUGAUGAUGAGGAAGAUGAAGGAGAAGCUGCAGACAUGGAAGAGUAUGAAGAAAGUGGGCUAUUGGAGACAGAUGAUGCAACACUUGACACAAGACAGAUUGUAGAAGCUAACAAAGCUAAAGUUGAUGUUGGAGGGGAAGAUGCUAUUCUACAGACUAGAACUUAUGACCUCUACAUCACUUACGACAAAUAUUACCAAACUCCAAGGCUCUGGUUAUUUGGAUAUGAUGAGCAACGGCAGCCUUUAACAGUAGAGCAUAUGUAUGAAGAUAUCAGUCAAGAUCAUGUCAAGAAAACAGUGACCAUUGAAAACCAUCCUCAUCUCCCUCCACCUCCCAUGUGCUCGGUUCAUCCAUGCAGGCAUGCAGAAGUGAUGAAGAAGAUCAUCGAGACUGUUGCAGAAGGUGGGGGAGAACUUGGAGUUCACAUGUAUCCUUUUAUUGUUACGACACAGUAUUCUUGGAGAUUUCUUGCAGUGAUUUCUAGCUAUUGCAGAUUUUCCUUAACAAGAAACUCAGUGCCUUCUUGCAGAAGUGAAGAUAUUUACCUGAUGGCUUCUGUUCCGAGUUGUGCCUGGCAGAUUUGCCAGGCUCAUAAGAAUACAAGAAGGUCUUCAAAUCCCUGUAUGGGAAGGAGCUUUAGGAGCAGUGUUGUAAAGCCCAAUGGGUGGAGAUUGGACUCAAACGUGAAUCAGUUUCUGUUCUGAUAAAGAUGCAUGGUAUUUUCUGUGUGCUUUUGUAUGAAUGUUGACGACCUGGAGAUGAGACAAGCUAACUUAAAAGCGAAGAUGGUUUAGAUUUAACAGAAUGUGCCAGGCACUUCAGCACCAGCUGCUUCCCAUCACUUCUGGAUCAAAGGAAGGAAUUGUCCAUCUGCCCAGAAGAUUUCUUUCACAAAAUCUAAAUUAUAGGCAUUUUCACACCAACCAUCAAACUCUUAAGCAUCAGCAUUAGAAUAGAUCCUGAGCCAAAGAUGAGAUUGGGACC